UGGGUUUGACCAGAUUUCGUCAGGUGUCUAAAUUAAGAAGGUAAAAUUCAGGUUCGAUUUAUUGAGCAUUUGGUUGAGGUGAAAACGGCAGAUAGCCCAGAGUUUAUGCUAUCUGUAGCCUACAUGAGAAGACAUUAAUGCCUUUUUAGAAAGCUCCAGUUCCAGAUGCUGCCGCAGCAGCUGAGAGGCAGAGGGAGGAGGACCCGUCUAAGCCGCUCUGAGCUGGAUUUCUGCAAGGUGCGCUGGGCUCUGCGGUAGACGGUCAGGGAAAAUACGGGCCCCACAGCAGCGGAGAGUGACGAGGGGAGGGUGGUAGAAAGCAGUGGCAGUGGAUCUCGUGCGGUGGGCAUAGCUGAGCUGAGCAGAGCAGAGGAAGAGGAAGAGUGGAGAGGAAGGGAGCUGUGCAGCUCCUGUACGCAGCUGUGCUCCUUCUUUUCUCGCUGUAUGAAAAGCAGAGAGGAGCCUCUUUAGUGCAGCACACAGCUGUGCAGUGAGCUCUGCCUCAUUUACACCAGACCUGAAGGCAUCAACACUGAGAGCCGUCUAAUUGGCAACAGCAGCUUGCCAGUCUUGAAAAAUAGAAAACCAAGUCCAUGACAUUGAGAAACACAAAUGAUGGACAAGAAAAGCGCAAAUGGCUAUCCCUCCAAAGCACCCGAGGGAGGCAGCCAGAGGAAGCAGAUCCCGUACUCUGUGGAGACACCCUAUGGCUUCCACCUGGACCUGGACUUCCUCAAGUAUGUGGACGACAUCGAGAAGGGCAACACCAUCAAGAGGGUGCACAUCCAGAGGAAAAACAGGGGCCCCAAAUACAGCACACUGCCACGCAACUUCAGCCUUCCUGGACAUGGAGCCCGACCCCCUCCAAAGGACAUGUGGGCAUCUGGCACCUCCACCCUUGGGCCCAGGCCUAAGUCACGGGUCACUGAAGUCCAGCAGAUCUUUGAUUUCAAACCCAGCGAUGGAGGGUCCUCCAGCCUCUCGAGGAUCCAAGGGACUAGCUACAGCCCUCCCCCAAGGCCAGCGGAGGAGGUCAAAUCUCGGGUUUACGAGGAGCAGCCACUGAGUCUCCAGUUGAGGCCUAACCUGCUCCGAACCUCCAGCAUGCCUGGUAAUGUCCCCCGCAGGAAGGGCUCAGACUCCUCCGAAGACCGGAGCCCUGUGGCUUUGGGUGAGUCACAGAAGGAGAACGGCUCCUACGAGAGGCUCUUCCGGGCGGAUGAGGGAGGGGACAGACGGGGGAGUGUACCCCAAGACCGGGCAAGCCUGCACGUCCAGAUCACAAACGCAUUAAAGAGGGUACGGGAGCUGGAGGAACAAGUGAGGACCAUACCGGAGCUGAAGUCCCAGAUCGGCUCACUGCAGGAUGAGAGAGAGCAGCUUCUAAAGACAAUACAAGAACAAGAACAGAAACAGCAACAGCCUUCGCCUGUCACUCCGCCAGCAGAGGAGCAGCAGCAGAAGGAGGAGGAGGAGGAAGAUGAGGAAGAGGAAAGUGAAGAUGAAAGUCCCAAGCAAGGACCAGAAGACUCUGGCCUUCCGACCACCAUGAUCUAUAUCGAGCCUCCUACCCCAGAGGAUGAGACCAAAACCCGAGUAGAGGAAUCCGAAUCAGCCGAAGAAGAGCCAGAGGAGGAAGCAGCCGAGACACAGAAACCGCAGACGUCAGAGAUACAAACAGAGGCAUUAGAGAGAGGACCAGAGGAGAUCACAGAGGCUUUGGUGUCCGUGCCAGAGACAGAGACGCGAGACGAGACAUCAGAGAGCAUCACAGAGCAGGCAGAUGCAGAGCCAGCACACCAAGAGGAAACACAAAAAAUCUCAGCACAGGAAUUUGAAAAGCCAGUCGAGGCAUCCAGACAGGGUGUAGAACAGCAAGACAAAAAGGCAGAAAGUCCAACAGAGCACUUUGAGGAGAAAAAAAUAGAGCCAUCAGAGGGUGUUUCAAAGGAGGCAGCCAUGCCAAGAGUCCCAUUAGAGUGUCCCGUAUCUGUUGUGAUAACAGAGGCAGAGGAGGAGAGCGAGGAAGCAGACCUUUAUGAAAUGGAGGGGAAAAACGCUGACCAAGUUGAGCAUCCCAUCGAAGACAGCCAAAGUCUCAUCGUUCAGACACUACAGGCCAAACUACAGGCCUUGGAGGAAAAACUGAACCUUUCCAGCCUAGAGUUGAAGCAGACAAACGCCUUACUAAGGGAGCAGGUGGAGGAGAACAGGGUGAAGGAUGAGAGAAUACAGGAGCUUAGCGAGAGAGCAGAAGAGCUAGCAGAAACGGCUAAGAGAGACACAGUAGAGAAUAACGUCUCAGCUGAGAGUCAGCCACAGCCUGUUUUGACCAGUGAUGCGUCAGUUUGCACUGAUUCUGAACGCAUACCUGUUUCUGAAAAGGCAGUGUGCACAGACGAAGAGGCUCAGCCUAGCAAUGGCCCUAAAGAGACAGAUCUGACAUGCUCCAGUACUCAGACAACUUCUGUGGAGGCCAAAGAUAUGGAGGUGUUGGCCCAAGUGCUCACCUCAGAGAAGGAAGUAGGGGUUGAGAUCAUUACCUGUGACCAGGCAGUUGAGACAGAGCCCCAGAUGGACAUGGCUUCUGGGACAGAGGACAGGAACGAGGGAUUAGAGGAACUGGUGGAGCAGGAGAAUGUGCUUUUUGAGGCUGUGGACUUAGAGAGCACAUCUAGUGAGAAUGUGGUGAGUGAAGUCAAAGUUCUUGAGGAGAAGGCAGUUGAAGAUACUGUUGGGGAGAGUCUAGAGGCAGGAAGUGAGACGGAAGAGAAGAAAGUGCUUGUGGAAAGAGUUCUUGAGGAGAAGACAGUUGAAGAUACUGUUGGGGAGAGUCUAGAGGCAGGAAGUGAGACGGAAGAGAAGAAAGUGCUUGUGGAAAGAGUUCUUGAGGAGAAGACAGUUGAAGAUACUGUUGGGGAGAGUCUAGAGGCAGGAAGUGAGACGGAAGAGAAGAAAGUGCUUGUGGAAAGAGUUCUUGAGGAGAACGGGGUGAAAGAGAGUGACGUUAUACAGAGUGCAGUCACAGAACCUGCCCCUGCUGAAAGUGAAGCUGUCGCGAAAAACACAAAAAGUGAGGAUGUUGCCGAGGAGCCUGCAGUCACCAAGGAGACAGUAGGAUCUCCCAGUUCAUCAGAACCAGCCCUGAAAUCACCGAAAGAGGGCCAGCCCGGGCAGGAGGCUCAGUCCCAGUCUCGCCGGUCCAGCAGUGAGGGCUCGGGCUCGGGCUCGGCCUCCUCACCGGCGGCCAACGUUGUCACCCGCAUCCAGGGCCUCUUGAAUGAGCAGUGGAGCAGUCUGGGAAGCGGGAGCCCUGAGGCAUCCCAGAGUGCACCGCCCAAGCCGCCGCAGCCGUCCAAGUUCAGCUCCAUCCAGAGUCAGCUGGUGAGCUCGCUCAGCGUCCUCUCCGCCUUCUAUUCGCCCGGGCAGAAGGAGAAGGCAGCAGCAGCAGCCUCACGGCAGUCAGGUCUGAAAUCCAUCAUGAAGAAAGAUGGUUGUCCUCAGAAGCCAGGGAACGGAGCAGCCAAGAAGAACCUAAAGUUUGUGGGAGUGAAUGGGGGCUAUGAGAGCACCUCCAGUGAGGAGUCCAGUGGGGAGGAGAAUCAGGAGGAGCAGGAGCAGGAGGAUAGCUCUGAGCCGGAGGAGGACAAGGACAAGGAGAAGGAGCAGGGCCACGAGGCAGGCGCCGAGGCCCAGGAGGAAGCUGACUCUGCUGGGGCUCAGGGGGAGGAGGAGGAGGCGGAGGCUGGGGGCCCAGAAGGGGCCACGGAGCCCAGAGGAGCAGAGGCCUUCAUGAGCUCCCCGGAGCAGCCGGUCAGUGAAGUUGUUGAUAAAGACUUCAUGGCAGCUUGUUAUUACCUGAAGGAUCGCAGGAAUGAAGUUGACAACCCGAACAAGGAGAUGAGACAGGUCCUGAUGAUUCUGUACCAGGAGUGGUUCCGCGUGUCCAGCCAGAAGGACUCGCAGGCGGAGGCCGUCACCCUCUACCUGAGAGAGGUGGGCAACGCCACCCCCACCCUCCUCAGCUACAUCGUCAACCUCGCCGACGGCAACGGCAACACGGCGCUGCACUACACCGUGUCCCACUCCAACUUCCCCGUGGUCAAACUGCUCCUGGACACAGAGCUGUGCGAAGUAGACCACCAGAAUAAGGCAGGCUACACGGCCAUCAUGCUGGCUGCCCUGACCGCAGCAGAGAGCCCAGAGGAUGUGGAGGUGGCCAAGGAGCUCCUGCAGAAGGGCAACAUGGACGCCCACGCCAGCCAGACGGGGCAGACGGCUCUGAUGUUGGCGGUCAGUCACGGUCGCACGGCGAUGGUGCGCGUUCUGCUCAGCUGUGGCGCGGACGUGAACGUGCAGGACCGCGAUGGCUCCACCGCGCUCAUGUGUGCCUGUGAGCAUGGCCACGCCGAGAUCACACGGAUGCUGCUCAAGCACCCCCCCGGCUGCGACACCAGUCUCAAAGACAAGGAUGGUCAUACAGCUCUCUCUGUGGCCACUCAGGCUUCCCACAUGGAGGUCAUUGACCUUCUGAAGGCCCACACAGGCACACCAACCUUGCAGGCCGCGGCUCCCCACUGAGCCAGGGGGACCUGGACCACAUUCCUCCUCUCCAGGGAAACGACAAGGACAAAGGCUGCUUUCACCAAACCAGCUGCUUCCGUCCACCUUCCAUCCCAGCAGGCCUCUGCAGACCUUCCCAGGACACGAAUCACAACCCUACCGGUAUUCCAGAGCAUUGGCCAACAUUCCUUUCGGGACUAAUUAGAACCUGGCAGAUUGCCAGUGAGAAUCAGAAUUCCGUAUGCCAGUCUGAGGGGGCUCGGUGGCAUUGGAGCAGGGUCCCGGUUGCCGAGAAUUUCCGAGGUCUUUCCGCUGGAAUCCAAAAGCAGAGGUCUUGAGGCUUCCUUUGAUACACACAUACGUAGCUCCUCUUCAAGCUCUUAAGCUGGACCACGCAGGGUCCACUGAUUUUAUGUUCUUUUUUUCACAGCUGUUAUUUUUUACCAUUUACAAUUGUUAUAUUUUUGUCAGAUAAGCCACCACCAAGGCUGAAUUCUAUUAUCGAUCCACAUUAUUUAUUUUGUGUUGCACUUUGUUUGUAUUCAGUCCGUUCAGUUUUUGUGCGCCCAUUCUGAUUACAACCUGAGAAACUGACUCUCAAGUCUUCCAAUAUGAAGGUUUUGCAGUUGGGGGUACAGCCAGGUAAGUUUCUAAUCAACGAAUGCAUAGUCAUGUGAAUGACACCAAAGGAGCGGGACAAACAGGACGAGCUACAGCCAGUAUGCUCUAGUCUACAGGAUGAUAUGGCAGUCCUACAAUGCCAAGAUGGAUGCUCUCUAAAGUGAGAGGGGAAAAGUAUUUGUACAUGAGCCCUCUUAUAAAAAUCAGGUAUGAAAGUAGUUUGUCCACCGUCCAUUAAAGUGCAAGUUAAUGGAAGGUGAAAGACUGAAAGCAAAUAGCAAUGUAGCAAACAGGUUUCUUUACCGGUCCGUGUAAGGAAAGGAGAAUACAAUGAAGCCAAAAAAGCAAUUUUCAUGCAGCUUGCCAAUUUCAUCCUCUAGUAUUGAGACCCAUUUGAGAACAUGGUCACAAAGACGCUAGGAAGCUAUUCCCUUGAUUUAAGUAUGAGUUUAAACCCAUAGAAAGAUGUUCAAUCACAUGAGUGACUUUAUUUUCAUAACAUUCACAUUAUGAGGGCAGACAACUCCGCUCCACUGGGGUCUUUGGUGCUCGGGUACCCAAGUCCAAUAUCAGGCCGUGCACAUGUUAUCUUCAGUCCAGUCUAAUCCUUUGGAGCAUCAGUGAAUGUAGGCUAGGACUCACAACUGUGUGUGGGUGUGGAUAUAAAGCUGAUCUGUCCAUUUUUGUCCUUUCAAAAAAGGCAAACCUUAGACAGAAAUUUGAAUAUGCCAUGAUUUCAAGAGCGUCCUUUUUCUGCCCUUUUGUGUCUCUUUCUAGAGCGAAGCCUGAAUCCAGGGUGAAUAAAAUCAAUUCAGCUGUACUAUAUGAAGUACAGGGUUUUUUAAACUAUCAAGUGUAACACACGAACAGCUAGCUUUAAGAUGUACCAUGACAAUAUUAUGCCCAGAUGAGUAUAAAGUCACUUUUGAAAAACCUCCCUUAUUCACACGUUUGGCAUACCCAUGCAUUUCUCUCUUCGUCUCUCUAUCUCUCUCGCUGCCAUUAUUUCAUCAUCAUCAUCAUCAUCAUCAUCGUCAUCCUCCAUCAUCCAUCAGCUUUUCUGUAUCUCACCAUGCUGCCGCUUCUGUCCUUUCCACCCCUCUUUUCAUGUCAGCAUUCUCACAGCGCUCUCUCAUUCAUCUGGAUGGCUACUAUUCAAAUCUCCACUCAUGAACUGUUCCACGAUCAGUUGCAGCACACCUUGCACAAGUGUAAAAUGAGUUGCACAGGCAAACAUAUGUGAGAUGAUGGCGACAAGAGUAUAUUUGAACAAUAAUUCAUUCUAGAGAGAAAGAUCUAUUAAAUACAGCAAAAGAUUGUUUCCUCCUGCAAAGCCAAGACAUUACGCAAGACUUAAAGAGCACAUAAUUCAUAUGCCUGAAAUGAAGUCAUUCCCCACCCCGAAUGAUCUGUAUUCCCAUGGCGAAUGCCCAAAAUGUCAAUCAUAUUUUUUUAAAUACCAGCAACAGUUAUGUCUGGCUUUGGAUGAAGAAACGCAUACUGAUGACAAAUCAUUAUCUCUAUUAAAAAAGUAUUUAUUUUAAAGUCUAUAUUUUAUAAAUAUAUCUAUAUAUGCAUGGGUCAAGUGUUGGAAUUUAACAUGUAUGAAUUCAAUUCUGGUCUGGUCUUAGCCUCUAAAUCAUGUCUAUGUAACAAAAAAGAUGUUCUCAAGAAGGGAGGAGUUAAUAGUUGUUUGCUUGUUUUCUACUUUGUUUAUUUUUAUAUAUGUUGUCUCCCUCCUUUGAGGCAUCAGUUGCAAGGGUUGUUCACUACUGGCUCAUUGGUUAACCUCAAAUAUGGGAAAGUGCAUUUUCCCUCUGGUUUCUUGGUCAUGAUAAAAAAAAUUAAAAAAAGUUGUGCAUUACAGGGCUGAAACAUUUCAACUGGAUGUCAACUUGUACAAAUCAGUACCGAUUAAUAUUAUUCCUAAUAUAUUAUGGACCUGUUGUAUCCUAACCAUUUACAUAAUAGAAUUCUAAAUAAACAGGAAACCUUGUU